GCUGGGGCCAUCAAUAUGCGAGCCCUUCAAACCGCCCUGAAGUCCCUCCCCGUUCGAAAACUACGCAGAUCCAGUGCUAUCAAUGUCCUCCUGGCCAGUGUACUUCUCUGGCUGAUUGCUUACGCUUACUGUCGGGUCCGAUUCUGGAGAGACCCUCACUCGGCCUUCUUCAAUGACCGCCAUGUUUACGAAUGGAGAUAUAGUCUCUAUCGCGAACAUCAAGGCCGGCGUCUGAUCACCACCCACAACACUCUCUCAGACAACUCUCCUACCUAUACAAAGGCAGGAUCCGAUCCCUUGGUCUGCGCAUCUUUCCUGACCGUCAGGCGGGAUGAGGAUUACCUUGAAGCCUCGGUGGGAUCCUUGCUGGAGGGACUGGAUCCGCUUGAGCGGCGUGCCCUCUUUCUCAACAUCAUUUUUGUCGACACCGAUCCUACUCUGCAUCCCGGCUGGGGACAGAAAUGGGUCCAUCGACUGGCCGACCAUGUUGGGUCAUACCGGAACAUCUCCAUAGAACAGUUUCGCCACCUGCAGGAAUUGGAAAAGGCGCGCAACUUCUACGAGAAGGGAGUCUUCGACUAUAUUCACGCGCUCGAAGCCUGCAUGACAACCAACGCAAGAUACUUCGCGAUGUUCGAGGACGACAUCAUCCUAGCGGACGGCUGGAUGGCCCAGACCCUCAAAGGCCUGUCCGACAUCGCUCGAGAGCGCCAAACGCAACAAGGCAACAACAACAACAACAACAAUAAAAACCCCUGGCUCUACCUCCGGCUCUUCUUCACCGAGACCGCACUAAGCUGGACCUCCUCAGACUUCGCCUACCGCAACAUGGGAUGGGUCUUCGUCGGCGCAUCAUCGCUACUUCUCGCAGCACUCCUGACCAUCCGCCGCUCGUAUCCCAUCACGCACACCUACCUUGACAACCCCACCAUCGGCGUCCUCAGUUGCAUCAGCCUCCCCGCUUUGAUCGCGCUGAUCUACAUGGUCGGCAAAUACAGCCUGAUGCCGCUGAGCGGCGUGGUCGAGAUGAACGCCCACGGCUGCUGCACCCAGGGCCUGAUCUUCCCGCGCGACCAGGUCGACGCGCUGAUCGCUCACCUGACGGAGGUGAAGGCCGGGCAGACGGAUUCCAUCAUCGAGGAGUAUGCGGAUGCGACGCGGUUGACCCGGUAUGCGCUUGCGCCCCAGCAGCUGCAGCAUGUCGGGCUGAAGUCCAGUCGCGAUAAUCUCGAGAUCAACACGCGGAGUACCUGGGCGUUCUGGUUUGAGGAGAAUAAGCCUGAGGUUCUGAGGCGGGAGCAUGAGGCUCUUCUGCGUGAUGGGGAUGUGCGGCGGUUCUUGGAUGAGCAGCGUUAGUUGGUGGUUCUUGGGCCGUUCUUGUUUUCUUUAAUUGGGGAACGGCGGGUGUAGGCAGCUAAGCAAUGGAGUAUGCGCCGCUUUUGUAAAUAAAUUCGGCUUUGGCU